CCUCGCUUUCGAUACCGUACACGAUCACACGACCCAAUUUCGGCUGAUUUUCGUUCCAUGAAUUGGACACUUCGGCUCGGUCUGUGACCUUGCGGUGGUCUUAAGCUCCCCCGGUUUAUUACGGCUAUACGUACACGCUGGACACAGAAGCCCUCGGAAUCCACAACUGGACGCAUACUGCAAACGCAAUGGCAGACAGGAAAACUGAGCUAGAGCAGAAGAAAGCGCGGUUAAUUGCUAUUAGGGAGGGUAAAAAGAGGCGUGAUGAAGUCAAAAAGAUUCCUAAUGAAACUGGUAGUUUUCCCGAUUUGAAUGCUGCCACUCUGCGACAAACAACAGAGGAGUUGCUGAAGAACCUUGGCAUUCCAGUUGUUGAUGAUCUUGAAACAAAAAAGGCUGAAAUUCAGCUGGAUGACGCAACUUCGACAGGCCAACAUACACCAACCCUCUCAAGACGACGGAAGAAUCUGCAACUAUCUGGCAUCACCGAGACCUCAAUACCACCUCCAGAACAGAUACUUUAUUGCAAAGAGACACAAACCAUAGAAAUCCCUAAUGACAGAGAGAUCCUCACUUACGACGAAACAAACAGGGAAGAUGUGGACGCAACCGCUGCGCUGGCGGAGCUGCAAAAGAUGCCUCAUGUGGGCCUUGCUCCUGCCCCACAAAAGAAUCGCCACCGGUCAGAUGGGAUGGAUGCGAGUACUGGGGAGGAAUCUCAAAAGCCUCUGAAGCUGUCAGAAGAAGAGAAAACCCAGAUUUUGUCUUCCGAGAACUUCCGUGGCUUCUUCGAUUUCGCUUCGCGGGUCGUCGAGCGUUCUCUGGCCAAAGAUGAUGACGAUCUGUUCUUCGAUUAUCAAGGCACGGAACAAGAAAAAGAGGUUUCCGAUGCACUGUUGACUCCCUUUCACGAGUUCUUUGAUGAGCGAUGGACCAGAAAGCGCACGGUUACUAGUCUCGAGUGGUCCACUAUCUUCCCCGAAUUGUUGCUUGCUGCAUAUCACGUGAACGAGGAUGCUCCGCACGAACCUGAAGGUGUUUGCCUCAUAUGGAACAUGAAAUACCCGAAAAAACUAAGUCCAGAGUUCAUAUUUCAUUGCCAAUCCCCUAUUACAUCCGCAACUUUAUCCAAAUUUCAUCCCAACAUUGUGAUUGGUGGCACAUAUUCAGGACAAAUCGUUUUAUGGGAUACUCGCGUGAACAAGCGCACCCCGGUACAACGAAGUCCUCUUACAUCUUGGGCCCAUACACAUCCAGUGUUUGCCAUCACUUUUGUGGGCACGCAGAAUGCUCACCACAUCAUCAGCCUUGGAUCUGAUGGGUCGCUAUGUGCUUGGAGUUUGGAGAUGUUAACGCAACCGCGUGAGAAAACCAAAGUGUGUGAAAUGUCCUCCGGUGGAUUGUUCGACCUCUAUCCCACGUGCAUGUCCUUCUUCGCCAAUGACGUGAACAACUAUGCGGUUGGUGCGGAGAAUGGAAACGCCUACUGUGGACAGCGGCAUAGCAGCCGGAGCGGUGCCACUGAGGAGGUCUCCAAACACGUUCCCUAUAAAGGACAUUGUGCGCCCAUCACAGCCAUAUCCACUCACCCGAGCCCCGGUGCAGUGAGCUUCUCCUCAUUGUUUCUAACCGCCUCUUUGGACUGGACAGUCCGUCUUUGGUCCACACGUGAGUACAAACCGCUGCACACGUUCGACGACUAUUUCGACUACGUGUACGACGUGUGCUGGAGUCCGGUACAUCCGGCGGUGUUUGCCACUGUGGAUGGAACCGGGCGUCUGGAUGUGUGGAAUAUCAAUCAGGAUGUUGAGGUGCCUACAGCCCAAUACGUUAUCGGUGGACCAUCCAACGUGGAAAAAGCAUCCACCGGCCAUGUUGCUUUAAACAAAUGUCGAUGGGAUUGCACAGGAUCCUAUCUCGCUGCUGGUGACAACCACGGCCGAGUCACUGUAUGUUCCGUGCACGAAUCACUAGUUCAACCUGGAGCCGAACAGUGGCCGGAGUUUGCCCGGAGUCUUUCAGACUUAAAGCUGUAUACCAUGGAUCAAGAUGUUCGUCUUGAAGCCUAGAGACUUAUUUCGCACUUCUGUGAUCCUUCCCACUGAACCUUCCCUUGUGCCCAGUGUAACCAACUUUAUCCAUAUGUCAGGUACUUGUGUUCACUCAUCUGACCCAUCAGUUGAUCAUGUUUGAGGCUUUACAUCCCGGGUCCCACAUCGACUAUCUGCACAGACGUUAUGGACACCUGUUUUUCACUUAUACGCAUGUUUUUUGUUUCUUUUUAUCUUGUCAUUAGGUACUUGGAUUUUUCUCCUCAUUUUUGUUUUAUUUUACUUUCCUACUGAGGUGCGUGCAAUUGCUUCGAUACUUUGUCUCACCACAUGAUCUCGCCCUUUGUAUCCCUUCAUCUUGGUACUUUGACAUGACUUGAACCACAUACAUAUUUUCUUACGCAAAUGUUGUGCUCUACACAGCUGUUGGCUUUCGCACUGCCGGAGGUUCAGCUUUCGGAUGGCUGCCAACGUGACUCCAUUGUGUGGGUAUGCACUCAUUCUACGUUCACAUUACCGUGCAACCGUGCUAAUCCUCUGUGUAUUUUCAUCCGACACCUUCGUGAUGGCACCAGCCCAAUGGGCCGUACUACACUCACUCAUCUCCAACUCUUCGUCUGUUCCCAUGACAAUGAACAACUUGCUUUCCGUUUUAUAUUUCUUUAAUUUACCACGCCACCAAUUUCUUUUAUCGCAGCAAGGCGAAUCAUUGCAGCAGGAGCUACCGCCUGUCGAUACCCGGACCGAAAUUGUCUGAUUGAAACGGAUUCGCACUUUCAAAGGGCAAAGCUUCAUUGCAAAAUCCUCAACCAUUUGAUUACUUCUGUACUGUAUGACCGCUUAAUCCUUUCGGGAAAAAAAUCCUCGUCAGUGUACAUUCC